AUGAAGGCAGCCAUAUUAAGCUUCCUUCUCAGGAGAAACUCUACAGUUGCUCCGUCGUCAUCGUAUGUGUUGCGCCGUGGCUUCUCGUCAGAGUUGGUGCCGGAGCGGAAAGUCGCCAUUCUUGGAGCCGCCGGAGGGAUUGGCCAGCCGCUUUCUUUGCUCAUGAAGCUGAACCCGCUCGUCUCUAACUUGGCCCUGUACGACAUUGCCGGCACCCCCGGUGUCGCCGCUGACGUCAGCCACAUUAACACCAGAUCUGAGGUGACUGGAUAUAUGGGAGAUGACCAGCUAAAACAGGCUCUGGAGGGAUCUGAUGUUGUCAUCAUUCCUGCUGGUGUUCCCAGGAAGCCUGGCAUGACACGAGAUGACCUCUUUAACAUUAAUGCUGGCAUCGUCAAAGCUCUCUGCACCGCCAUCGGCAAGUAUUGCCCAAAUGCACUAGUCACUAUGAUUAGCAACCCUGUGAACUCCACUGUCCCAAUUGCAGCUGAGGUCCUCAAGGGACUAGGAGUAUAUGAUGAGAAGAAAUUGUUGGGCGUGACCACACUUGAUGUGGUUAGGGCCAAGACAUUCUAUGCGGGCAAGGCCAAAGUCAAUGUGGCAGAUGUCAAUGUACCUGUUGUUGGUGGUCAUGCAGGCAUAACAAUUCUUCCAUUAUUUUCACAGGCCACACCAAAAGCCAAUAUAUCUGAUGAAGACAUUAAAGCUCUCACGAAACGAACACAAGAUGGCGGAACAGAAGUUGUUGAAGCUAAGGCAGGAAAGGGAUCAGCUACACUCUCAAUGGCCUAUGCGGGAGCCAUAUUUGCCGAUGCUUGCUUGAAGGGACUUAAUGGGGUCCCAGAUGUUGUGGAAUGUUCUUUCGUGCAGUCAACUGUCACCGAGUUACCUUUCUUUGCAUCCAAGGUGAAACUAGGGAAGAAUGGUGUGGAGGAAGUCCUAGGUUUGGGUCUGCUGUCUGACUUCGAGCAGCAAGGCCUUGAAGCUCUCAAGCCGGAGCUGAAAUCCUCCAUUGAAAAGGGAAUCAAGUUUGCCCAACAUAGUUAA